AUGACAACACACCCACAACCUCGUCCUCCAGGACGCCAACCCACAAGUUACCUCUUUCGAAACCUCGCUUUCUACAUUCAGAACCGCGACAAUCAUCACCUCUACCGCGACUUAAGCCUCAUCAAGGACUUGGGUGGCGACACUGUCAGGAACCCCUUCAGCAAAGACGUCACGCACGUCGUCGUCCACGUCCCCGACCAAGAGCGCUCGAAGCACCGCUUGGACACUUAUCCCGUCUACCACACACCAACGCCGAGCUCAUUUGCACACUGGGGUCUCAACGACAUCCUUCUCGAGUUCACGAUGGGCGGGCACUUGCACAAGGCCAGGGGUGUUGUUGUCGUCGAUCGGGAGUGGCUAGAAGACUGCAAGCGUGCGGGCCGCCUCCUCGGCCAUCGUGAGAAUCCACCCUACAACGGAAAGCAGCUUUUCGGUCACUUCGGAAUCCUUCUCUCGUCUACAUCCGGAAGCCAGCGUGCGCACUCACAGCUCGAUGGUUCGCGUGCCGACCAGUCGACCUCGGCCACGGAGCAAGAGCGCACACGACUCAACGACUUAACUGGCCCUCGUUUAGCCCCAUCGGCGCAUCUGCAACGUGCCCGCGUCGGGGAUUCGCGUCUUCCUUGGUCAAACCCUACAACCCAGCGCCAGUCGGACGACGUUGGGGCUUUCCUGACUCGCACCGAGUUCCACCGCAGCACUGCUGUUGUAACGCGCGAGGAUCGUGGGGAUCGCGGGGAGCGCGAGUACCGCGAGGACCUCGAUGACCGGUAUCGCUCAGAAUGGGUCAACUACCACAAUCGCCGUCCAAGGACGCCACCCCGUCACCGCACGUGGGGCAGUCGAGGCGACUCGCUUCCAGUGCGCCGUUCCGAUCCUCCUCUUUCCAGCCCGCCGGUGAGGCCAUUCGACAACAACCCACGUCGUGAUGGCUACGACGACAUCCAGUCUCGCGGCGGCUACGACAGCAUCCCUCCUCGUGGUGUCUACUCCUCGGUAGCUUCUGCCAACAUGACGACAGCUUCCCGCUCAUCCGAGUCACCAGGAGCACUCAGCAAUGAUCGUCCCGAAGCUACCCGCACAACUCAUACGUUCUCCUGUGACCCACCUCUCCCAGUUCUGCCAACUGGCCGAGACGUCACUGCCAACCCCACAGAACGCACGUUCGUCGAGUCGGCAGGCAGUCUCUCCCAGUCCCAGCCGACUAUCAGCAAAGUCAAACUCGAGCCCAUCGAGCCAUCUGAGCCCCACGGUGAGGAGGCUCCGCCCCAACUAUCGGUGGAUUCCGGCGCUGCCAGUGCAAAGAUCGAGCCUCACGAUCAAUCUCAAUCCGGUGCCGAACAGAAUUCGGACACCGAAGCCCUGGCACCGGCCACCGAUGCCGCCGAAGUUGCCACCCAUACCCGAGUUCAUGCUCAAGACUCAUGGGCACCUACUCGCGUGGUUAGCGACACCGUUACACGCGUAAAGGUCGAACAGGACGACAAUGCCUCUCAAGCUAGUGCCCCGAUGGACCUCGAGACGGAGAGAGAGCCGGACAUUGCAUGGUCUGCUGCCACUGCCGAGGAGCUCACUGCCGAAGCAGUCUCUACCGAAGCACUACCAGACCCCAUCGACCAGCCAGAGUACGAGCAGGCGACUGCUGUUGUCUUUGAUGAUGAGUGGCCCGCUCCUCUGGGCGAGGAGUCCCCGAUGCUUCUUGGCCGCCACCCUCGAUCCCCGAGCGAGUCCUUAUCUUUUUCUGGUCUAUCCCUCGACGAGCCUGUAGGAUCUGGACUGUUCAAGCUCGACAAUGGCCCAGUCACAUUCUACCUCGAUGACCCCUUCCCCUGGCUGGAAGAGAUAAUCAAAAUGAACGGAGGCCGAAUGGACUCGAAACAGAACGCCAGUGUCAUCGUUCUCCCUCUGGAUGCAGGUGUCGGUGCCACCCUCCCUCACCACCUUGAACUCCUCAAGAACAAAGGCAUAUCUCCCUUUGCCUGGGUAGUCUCUCAUGACUGGGUUUGGCACUGCAUCAAGCCGGACGCCGUCAUCACCCCCAGCGAAGGCUACAAGGUCAAGGCUGCUCGCAAGCCGCGCGUCUCGCAAGUUGGCGACACGGCGGCAUCCCGCAAGCGCCGCCGCAUUUCGGCAUCACCGUAG